UCAAAACAUAGUACUGCAUAAAAUCCUCUACCCUAAUCUCCGUCUAGCUAGCGUUAGAGCCGAUCUCGCUCGUCUGGUCGUGUGCGAAAUCGAUCAACUAAUCAUCUGCCCUAGUUUCCAUCUCCUCCUGUGAGAAUCCAAGUUGGAACAAAUAGCAAACUGUUUUCGAGGCACUUGGGAAAAAUCGUUCGUGACCGUAAUAUGUGUCCGUUGGGAGUAUCAUGGUGGAAUGAUAUUAAGGAAGAAAAGUUGAAUCACAUGUGGGCAGCUAUUGAGGCGAGAAGCAACAGGAAUGCGGCAAAUCGAGCUAAGUUGAAGAUGCUUCAUCAUAUUAGUAGCAAGCCUAUUCGUGAGAUCAUUUAUCAAAAGGGCGGAAAAGAUGGCAACCCACCGGAUUUGGCAACAAUUUUCUUUGAGACUCGUAAGAAAGAUAACAAGGUUGUUGAACCUGAAGCAAUUAAAAAACAUGCUCAAAUAGAAGAAAUAGUUCAAGCAGAUCCAUCUCUACCUAGCAUAGAGAUUAUAGAAAAAUGUUGUGGACCUCAAACUCGUAGCCAUGUGUUUGGAUUUGGGGGUGGAGUCAAGGCGAAAGACUUGAAAGGUGGAACUUCUUCAAAGGCUGAAUUACUGUUCGCGCUACGUUCAACUCAAAAAGAAAACAAAUCUUUGAAUGAGGAAAACAAAUCCUUGAAUGAGCGCUUGUCUACUUUAGAAGAUGAGAUAAAAGAAAUGAGGAAAAUAAGAGAGUAUUUCACUGCUCAACAAUCACAUGUCCCGCUUACGACGACAUCGCCCGUUUCAACUGAAUGACCACUGUUUUUGUCUGCUAACCAAGCUAGUAACAAUAUACCCAACUUUUUAAUUUUUAUUCAUGAUUUGUGUAUAGUCAAUUUCUAUAUUAUAGAUUUGUUUGACUUCACUCUUCUAAAAGGAGAACAAUUUAAUUAAUGUACAAUGGUGCAGUAAGUAGUCAUAGCUUCCUAUGGAA